AUGGAAUCUGACGGUUCGACUGGGUUGGCUAAAUCAGCUGCCUUAAAGUUGUCCGAAAUGGGUGAAAGAACUAAACAGCUCGGCAGCGCGAUGCAAGAACCCAACCGGCAGAGACGCGUCAUUCUGGUGAUCGUUUGCGUCGCUCUUCUGCUUGAUAACAUGCUGUACAUGGUGAUAGUUCCCAUUAUUCCCGACUAUCUCGCAGAUUUAGAGACCGAGCAAGCUCUGCACACACGCGCCAACUCUUCAGUAAACAGAGCAAACGGCGGGAAAAGUAACAGGGAAAAUCUGGACGUGCAGAUCGGCGUUUUAUUCGCGUCGAAGGCGAUCCUGCAACUCAUGGUGAACCCCUUAUCAGGAACAUUCAUCGACCGAGUGGGAUACGAUAUUCCGCUGUUCAUCGGACUCAUGGUCAUGUUUGUGUCCACGUGUAUAUUUGCUUUCGCGGAAAACUACGUGACCCUGUUCGUCGCGCGCAGCCUGCAGGGUCUCGGUUCGGCGUUCGCCGACACGUCUGGAAUCGCGAUGAUCGCGGACAAAUACACGGAGGAGGCGGAAAGGAGUCGCGCCCUGGGCAUCGCGCUCGCCUUCAUCUCGUUCGGGAGUCUCGUGGCGCCUCCGUUCGGCGGCAUCCUGUACGAGUUCGCAGGUAAAAGUGUCCCGUUCAUAGUUCUGGCCUCUGUUUGCUUGGCAGACGGCGUUUUACUCUUGACUGUGAUCAAACCUUUCUCUAACAGGACUCGAGAGAAUAUGCCGAUCGGGACGCCAAUUUACCGGCUCAUGGCUGACCCGUAUAUCGCCGUGGUGGCGGGCGCUCUGACCGUCUGUAACAUCCCUCUGGCUUUCCUCGAGCCCACCAUCUCCAACUGGAUGGAGAACACGAUGAGCGCCAGUAAGUGGGAGAUGGGACUGGUCUGGCUGCCCGCGUUCUUCCCGCACGUGUUGGGUGUUUAUAUGACGGUCAAACUGGCGGGGAAGUACCCGAACCUUCAGUGGUUCUACGGUGCUCUGGGUAUGGUCAUCAUAGGGGCCAGCUCCUGCACUGUCCCGGCGUGCAGAAACUUCACCCAGUUAAUCUUCCCCCUGUGUGGCAUCUGCUUUGGCAUCGCUCUGGUGGACACGGCACUCUUGCCCACUCUGGCGUUUCUGGUGGACGUGCGUCAUGUGUCGGUGUACGGGAGCGUUUACGCCAUCGCAGAUAUCUCGUACUCUCUGGCGUACGCUAUGGGACCUGUAGUAGCGGGACAGAUCGUGCAUAACCUGGGCUUUGUUCAGUUAAAUCUCGGGAUGGGUUUGGUGAACGUGCUUUACGCGCCGGUUCUGCUGUUCCUGCGUCACGUGUGCCAGAUGAAAGCGUCUCACUCGGAGAGAAAUGUGCUGCUGGAGGAAGGACCGACGGGACUGUACGACACCAUUCAGAUGGAGGAGCGCAAACGGAAGCGGAAAGGUUUGAGCACCGGUCCCGUGUGUCCCGUGGAUGACGGAUUGUUCGAGCGGUCAGAGGAAGAGUCGUCCGGUCCCGAGUACAUUUAACAGAC